AUGAACUCUUCUGAGAUCGACCUUUUUGAGAAGAAACUAAGCUUCUGGAAGCUGAAGCAUUCCCUGGCCAUGGGGGCCUCAGGAGGCUUAGCAAUCAUCUGGGAUUCUAGAUUUAUCUCAUUUUCACCAUUAGAGAUUAAACAAAAUUGGAUAGGAGGAACAGUAGCAAGCUAUAACAACAAGCUAAGAUUUAAUCGGAUCAACAUUUACGGUCCUAUCCAGAAUAGGGACAAGGCUCGGGUUUGGCUCGAACUUGAGGCUUUCCUUGGUAAUCACCCGAACAAAGUCUGUAUUAUUGGUGGAGACCUCAAUGCCAUCACUAAGGUAGAAGACAAAAGGGGAGGCAGUAUCAAGCUCCCCCUAGCGGCUAUAGACUUCAAUAACUGGAUCAAUAGGAAUUCUCUGUUGGAAAUCCAGACGAUAGAGAAUGCCUUUACAUGGAACAAUAGAAGGAUAGGUUUCUGCAACAUUGCGGAAAAACUUGAUAGGUUUUUAAUCCAUGGUGGGUUCUCGGAGCUCAAUUACACCAUGGAAGAAGAACCUCUACCUUUAUCAGGAUCUGACCACUUUCCACUUCAACUUAACAUAUUGACAGACUACUCUCCUAGAAAUUUCCCCUUCAAAUUUGAAAGCAUGUGGUUCAGAGAUGAUAACAUCAUAAACCUAAUUGAACAUUGGUGGAAUGGUUCAGUGUUCUCAGGAUCGAAAAUGUUUAUUGUGGAAAACAAUCUAAAUCUCAUCAAGAGGAAGCUCUUGGAGUGGAAUAGGGAAAACUUUGGUAAUAUCUUCGAUAAGAAACUCUCAAUAGAAAAGGAUCUUAAGGAUGUUAACAUUGAAUUUUUGGAGAAGGGGAUGGACGAACAUCUAUUCCUUAAGGAAAAAUCAUUACUCUCUGAGUAUGAAAAGAUUUUGUCAAAGGAAGAGAUCUACUGGAGACAAAAAUAUAGGGAGACAUGGCUGAAAGAUGGGGACCACAACACCAAGUUCUUCCACAAUAGAACUAAGAAGAGGAGAUGGGUUAACCGAAUCUCUAAUAUAAAGAAUUGUCAAGGAACCAUCCUGUCUGAACCGGCUGACGUUGCCUUAGAAGUUGUAAGAUGGUACACUGACAUGGCGCAAUGGUGGGACUGGACAGGAGCCGCUGGGGAGGCGUUGUCGUGGCGGCCGCAUGACGUGGCAUGGCUAGCGGCUGAACUUAGGCAGAUUUAA